AUGGCUUCCGCCUCGCGAGACGAUUACAUCCAUAACAACCUUACGCCCAGCAGCCCAUCCGAUGAAACAACGUGCCCUAUCUGUUCGGAAGACUGGAAACCGCAGACCAUGGAAAUCGUGACUACACACUGCGGUCAUGUUUUCCACAAGGACUGUGUGAUUGCAUGGUUGGAGAGCGAGUUUGCGGGGAGUUCCAAUACUUGCCCUAGCUGUCGCAGCGUUUUCUUUGAGUCCUCCUCCGACGGCGAUGACGAAGAAGACAGUGAAGACGAUGAAGACGACUAUGAUGCCCCCAUUGCCGCCAUUGGUCUUAUCUUCCGGGAAACGUUCAGUGUUAUCUUACAGGCCGAUGCACUGCGCCAGCGAUUUGGCAUUGACCUGACAGACGUAUCCAAGCCGGAUCGCUUCCGACAAGCGCUCGAGGCCACUGUCGAGUACGCCGGGGACGCCGGGCUUCCCCUCAUGGAACACCCUGAGAUGACACCUGCAGGUGUUCAGGUGAUCAAAGCAAGCGCCACGCGUGGCUUGCUCGCCAACGAGAUAAUCAGGGUGAAUGAGCACCUGAUGACUCCGGACGACUGGGUGGAGAUGCUAGGGCAGCUAUCAGCGUGCCGAGAACAAGCGAGUGAUCCCGCGAACUUUGCAGACACACAACACGUAGACACUCUUGUACGAGCCGUCGACUACAUGUGGAUGGCAUGCGUGAAACCUGACCCAUGCUACACGCUGCGGCUUUCUGAACGGCGGCCUGGCGCAUGCCUCACCAGUGUCCUCUGGGCAAUUUCGUCGAACAACCACCCUGUCCAAAGGGGAAAUUUGGAGUACCGUGGUGAGCAGAUUAACCUAUUCGACGACGGCCUCGUUCAAAACUACCUUCACUUCCAGGUCGAGGUGGCCGUUCAGCAUGACGGGCACAAUCCCGUACUCCGGAUCACGGAACUACAACCGGGAAGCGUCUCCCGUCUUAUGGUUGCUGAGGGUAUGGCUCGGGUCGAUAUAUUGACGAACGAUGGGCCGGUCGUGGAAGUGACGCCAGUAUUUGCGGAUGGACCUUUCGGCCUGGGGCCUUAG